AUGUCGUGGCCUCCCUGCUUUCUGGAAACGGUAAGCGACGCGUCCCACGCCCUCCACGGUGUGCUGAGAGCCGUGCACUGUCAGAACAGAGACGAGCCGCCUAGGGGCCUUCACGCCGCCAGAGCCGCGGGGCGCAAUGCGCCUGCGCAUACGAAGCCGCUGAAGUCUGCAAGCACUGUAGAAGUGGAUAAUACGUUGCGUGCCCAUGCAGUGCCAGCGGGGUGCAGAGGGCUCAGCGGGAGGAUGCAGAGCGGCUUAAGCCGAUACUUCCUCUAUAGUCCUGGCUCCUGUGAAGGGCGGAGCAAUAUCAAAUGCACUCCGCCUGUCACAGGAGCCGGCACUAUAGAGGAAGCAUCAACUCAUGCCACUCUGCUUCGUCCGCUGCCUGUGACAGUACCAGUAGCAGGCACUGGAGAGGAUUGGUGUAUACAGCUUUUGGCAGGAAUUGGAGUGCCGAGCAGAGACUGUGGAACAAGGCCUUUUGUGGAUGAGAUAUCAGCAGGGAAUCGGAUUAUAGGUGGACAUGAUGCUCAACCUGGGGCAUGGCCAUGGCAAGUUAGUCUUCAAGUUUACCACUUUGGUGUAGGAUAUUACCAUGUUUGUGGUGGAUCUUUAAUUACUAACAACUCAGUGCUAACAGCAGCACACUGCAUUAAAAAAUGGACGGAUCCAGCUGUUUGGAGGGUUGUAAUUGGCUUGCAUCAUCUUUUUCACCAUCAGUAUUAUACUGUAAAGAGCCAGAUUAGAGCUAUCCUGAAGCAUUCUGAUUUCAAGAAGGAGUCCUAUGAAAAUGAUGUUGCCAUGUUUAUACUAACAGAUUAUGUCAGCUUCAACAAGUAUAUUCAGCCUAUCUGCUUAAUUGAUACUCCUCAUUUAAUAACUGAUAAGACCACAUGUUAUAUAAGUGGGUGGGGAAGCAAAGAGGAAAGAGGAAGAGGCACCUAUAUAUUACAAGAAGCUCAAGUCAACAUUAUUCCACUAUUUACCUGUAAUAGAUUUGAUUGGUAUGCUGGAGCAAUAGGAUGGAAUAUGAUUUGUGCUGGUUCUGAAACUGGAGAUGUUGAUAGCUGCCAGGGAGACAGUGGCGGACCCCUCACAUGCAGAUUUCCAAAUGACACCAAAUAUUAUCUGAUAGGAAUCACUAGCUUUGGUAUUGGCUGUGGCCGACCAAAAUUACCAGGAGUCUAUGUGCGUAUGAGUUUUUACAGAAGUUGGAUAGAGUCACAUCUUGCUCUAUUCAGCAAAGCCACCAUAAUAUACAUUCACUAUAUGGGAUUGCCGUCCCACACCGUCUACGAGAUUUCCCAAGCACUUUAUCUUCAACCCCGACAGGGCUUAGAUUGGGCUCGCGGCCCACCACCGGACAUUUACCAGCGUGAUAACGGACCUUCGUUAAUCACGUUUGUCUUAUCUCGACGCCAUUACCGGAAGUCAUAUCACAGGCCUUUCUACCUACCUACUCCAAUCAAUUGCUACAUCCCCUUCAUUAUUCAAGUUAGCCAACAUCUCUCCAUCACAUUGAACCUGAUCAAUGUGUAUUCCACUACCUUUAAUACUUAA